AUGGGUCGCAAAACCAAGCAAAAGUCAUGCUUCGCUUGCGUUGAGACCAAGCGCCGCUGCGACAAGCGAUAUCCCUCAUGCUCGCGCUGUCUCGAUCGGGAGUCGGUCUGCACUUAUCCGCCACUACCAAGACGACAAGCUCUCGACUUUACUAAGGGAGAAGCUGCGCCAGAUAUAGGCUUCGGAGAUAUGUGGACUUCUGCGGCUGAUGCAAAUAGCCUUGCGUUGGUAGGAGAAAUCUCCGAGCCAUGGCUUCUGGAUCCCGUCUUCAGCGCCGGUCUAAAUUGUCCCUCGAUACCAUCAUGGACGCCGUCUUUAUCAGAUCCAUCGUCAUUACCAGGUUCAUCCUCGAAUGGGAUAGCUGAGGCUUCUGGUCAGCUGGCGUAUACAUCCCGGGACUUGGGCUGGUUUUUGGGACCUCAGGCAUGGACUAUAGGAUAUCACUACAACGCCCCAGAUGUGAUACCUCCAGCUUCCGUCUUUACCAAUUUCAUCCGCGGCUUGCAGAACUGGUUGACCCGUUUUGUCCAGACAGGGCACAACCCAUUUAUCCACCGACAUCUGUACUCCGACUCCGGAUAUCCGCAAUGCAUUCAAGAUGCGUACUCAGCAUGCGUUAUCUCCAGCUCUGCCACAAGCGAGAAUGAAACGAUCGUCAAUGCAAUUUCUGCUACUCACAUCACGAAUCUACUGAAUGCUCAACCAACUAGGGGCCCGAAUAUCAUCUCCACUAGGGAUCAUCUGGCCCGCACCCAAGCUCUUCUCAUCCACAUCCUCCUCGCGCUGUUCUCUCCCUCAAUUGAACGUCGUGGAAGAGGUGAGAAUCUCAUUAGCCUUCUACAUUCUUGGAAGAAUCAGCUAUGGGAGUCUGCAACAAACGAUAGCACACUAGCCUCACCAUUGCCGAUCAUGGCGACUUCUGGUGGAACAGCUGUCGGGGAACUAGAUCCUGUCCCCAGCCUGUACCGCUCUUUCAUCCUCUCCGAGUCUAUCCGCCGUACCGGGCUACUGUGUAACAUUGCCACCGGUGUAUAUGGUGGCUUGAAAGGCAGCAACAUACAGUCAUGUGGUGGCGACAUCCACAUUACAGCACAAGCCAAGUUUUGGAAGGCUUCUUCAUCUGCACGAUGGGAAGCUGUUGCGCGACAGACCGAUCCGUUGUUUAUCUAUUCCCUAAAAGGUCAGAUGCUGCUGGAUAGAGGUGUUGGUGCUGCCCAGGUUGAUGAAUUUGCGCGACACUUGUUCACUAUUAUGUGGGGUUUAGAAAAGGUAGAGACUUGGGCUGUGAGAACUGGAGACGAGGUUUCUGCUGUAUACUAG